UGGCAUUCCCAGCUCCCAGCAGCAGCAACAGCAACAGCACUGGUAACUCAAGAGAACAGAAAUUCUGAAACUAUACCAAACAAAGACUACAAAAGCUAACUAAAUCAUCUUCAGUCUGAAAGCAUCUUUCUUCACAAUCAUGCAGUGGAACUUCGGUGAUUUCAGCUACACAGGGGGACUUUGUAAAAUAUCUUCAUCCUGAGGCAGUUUGGAAAGUGCAGCUAAUUGGUGCUGUGAACACCAGUCUGAGUGGAGUCUAACGAGUUUAGAGCUCUUUUUGAGGGAAAGCCUUGUUGGAGGAUAGCCUAUCAUCUCUCUUCUCUUUCAGCCUUUCUCUUCAUCCACAUCGUCCCUUGUCCCAGUGCUUUCUUCUGCUAUUUUCUUUCUUCCCUUCUUCUCUAUCCUGCUGUCAGUGCUGCUAUGUGGUGGACGAUACUUGGUGUUUUGAGCUGCGUGCUGCUGCUACUGGUCGUCAUCUUCUUCCUAACCACCGGGCAACGCUACAAGGUGUUCAGCGAAAAGUGCGUGAGGCCACCGGGACCCUUGGUGACUGACAGCAGGCAGAGGGAUGACCGGCUGAAGAGAGGGUUCAGAGCGGACCGUGUUCCCCCGGCUCUGGAUGCAGUGGUGAUUGGCAGCGGUGUGGGAGGUCUGACAGCCGCAGCGCUUCUGUCCAAAGCUGGGAAGAGGGUCGUAGUUCUGGAGCAACAUGAUCAGGCUGGAGGCUGCACACACACCUUUCAGAAUAAAGGAUUUGAGUUUGAUGUGGGUAUCCAUUACCUGGGCCAGCUCCAUGAGAACAGCAUGCUGAGGAUCGCUCUGGACCAGAUCACAGAGGGACAGUUGCAGUUCACACGGCUGGAGCAGCACUUUGACACACUGAUCCUGGGUCAGAAUGGCCAGCGCAGGGAGUACCAUAUCCAUGCAGGAAAGACUGAGAUGGCAGACAGCCUGAAGAAACAGUUCCCAGGAGAGGAGGAGGCCAUUGAUGAGUUCAUGAGAUUGAUGAAGCUAUCCGCACGGCGGACACCACUUAUUGCCACCUUGAAGAUCAUCCCCUAUUGGCUGGUUAAGCUCUUGGUUCGAACUGGCCUACUCGAUUGCAUAUCUUCAGUGUUUCGUCUGGCAUCAACCAGCCAUUCAGAAAUAAUGUCCCACCUCACACAGAACAAGGACCUGCAGGCACUGUCGGCCUACCUGUUCUAUGGUGUCCCUCCUAAAGAGUCCAGUUUUCUCAUCAAUGCUCUCCUUCUUCACCACUACAAACGUGGUGCAUACUACCCACGGGGGGGCGCUAGUGAGUUUGCCUUUCAUAUCAUCCCUGUGAUCCAACAAGCAGGCGGUGCGGUGCUGGUCAGGGCUCCUGUUCAACGUGUCCUGAUCAACGGACAAGGGAAGGCCUAUGGUGUGACAGUGCUUAAAGGUCAAGAAGAGAUUGAGAUCCAUGCCCCUGUUGUCAUUUCCAAUGCUGGAAUCUUUAACACCUUCCAGAAGUUUCUGCCUCAGCCCGUACAGGACAAACCAGAGAUUCAGUCACUGUUGGGUUCGGUUCGUCAUGGUAUGGGUUCCUUCCUGGUCUUUGUUGGUCUGGAUGGAACCAAAGAAGAGCUUGGCAUCGUUUCCACAAACUUCUGGAUGUAUAAAGAUAAUAACUUGGACUCACUAAUGGAGCGUUACUCUUCUCUGAGCCGAGAAGAAGUUUUGGGGAACAUCCCCAUGAUGUUCAUCACCUUCCCAUCUGCUAAAGAUCCGACAGCCAGCAUGAGACAUCCAGGUAAGUCCUGUAUGACGUUGCUGACCAUGGCUCGCUUUGAGUGGUUUGAGGAAUGGCAGGGGACAAAGCUUGGCAAGAGGGGAACUGACUAUCUGGAUAUGAAGAACAGCAUGGCCAAGGAGCUGCUGGACUGGGCACUUACAAUCUUCCCUCAGUUACGAGACAAGGUGGUGAUGGUAGAUGCAGCCACUCCUCUAACUAAUGUCCACUAUUUGGGCGCUCCAAGAGGUGAGAUGUACGGUGCUGAACACAACUUGGAGCGCUUUAACCCAGACACUGUUGCUAGGACACGACCACAGACACCCAUCAGUGGACUCUACCUAACAGGUCAGGACGUGUUCUGUAACGGCAUGGCUGGAGCGCUGCAUGGCGGACUGCUCUGUGCCUCGGCCGUCCUCAAUCAGAUCCUCUACAUUGACCUUCUUGCUCUGAAGACCCGCAUUAAAAACAAACGGACCAAUCCUUUAAUGAGCUGGUAGCGAUGGAGCUGCACUAGAGGGUGAAUUCAUGUCAACAAUGGAUCAAAUUCUCAUAUCGUGUUUACACAGCAUACCUUGAACUUGUAGCCCUUUGGAGUUUUGGGCUAUUUUGACUUUUCAUACUUAAAAAAAUGUUUACCAUGGUAUAAUUUUUUCCAGCACAAACUCACCUAUAUGACAAAAAAUAUAAUAUAUAAUAAUAAUAUAUAAUAUAUAAUAAUAAUAAUAUACCUAUAUGACUUACUGGAUCAACAUUUUUAACCCCACCCAAAAAAAACAUUAAAUUAGAUCAGAACACAAUAUUGUUCAGUGAAGAAUUUCAAAUGUUGCUCAGGUAAAAUGAGAAUAAUAUCUAGUUCUAUAUUUUUAUACUAUAUAUAUUUGACCUUGUCUCCGGUUUUAUUCGGCCUAUCAUCAUUACACAAAAACUGGCAUGGAGUUUCAGGCCAGUACUUUAGAGGGAAGUUGAAGGCAGGGCUUGAUGUUUCUUCAUUUUUACAUUGUGACAUCAUGAGAAAGUCAUGCCACCGGUGCUUUUGUUGACUCCAGAGAGUUUUAAACAUACUUUACUCUGGCAAGGCAGCUUUAUAGCACAUUUCAACAGUGUGCUCAAACUCAGCCCUUUUACGCAGUUUCUGUUAUAAUUUUUAAGAUAACCUUUUUAGUUUUCCAUUCAACACGGUAUUCUCAUUUUACCAUUGGAUCUUGAAAAGAACCAGCAACCCAUCCAACAAACAAGUCUUCGGUACUGAAGCAAGCAAGCAGAACACUGACUAGAGCAGGAUUGACAUAAAAAUAUCGUAUAAUAAAAUAUAAGUUUCCUCAAAUGGGCACAUCACUAAGCUAAGGUUUAACAAUCCAAUUUAGCUUGAUUUAAGGGUGCAGGAGACAGAGCCGAGGAUGAACUUCAGCAUGUGAAGACAGUGAAGCACAGAAAUACGAAAGUGAAACUGAUUUAAGAUUUAAAGAAAAAGACGAAGGGGACUGAUAUGGAACAGAGUCAGAUAAGGAAACAUGAAUAAAUUCUAAGAAAGUAGAAAAACAGGAAAGGUUUAGAAUAUAGUUUAACAUGCACAAUGUAAACCCUUUGAGUUUCAAAACUAUAAAAUGAAGAAAACUACACAACUAUAUUGAAAUCCACUAUUGCCCUGGUUCAGAACAUCAUACUUUAUUGCUCUUGGCUAUAAUAUGUUUGGAUCAGCUGUAAUGGAUAAUAAAUGAAUGAAUGAAUGAAUGAAUGAAUGAAUGCUCAUGACAUGCUUGUUGUUGCACAAGGCUGUUAGCUUUUCUAUAUCCAGAGAACCCAAAUGAACAUAAUAAAAACAGUGCAUCAAAUUCAGAAUCAGUGUAAAAAAAUAAGUAAAGUUUGAGCAUUGAAUAUGCAACAGUUUAAAAAAAGUUGUGAGGCAGUUUUCAACUGAAUUUAUGUCAUUUUACAAUAAUUUUCGUGUUUUGACAUUGAAAUGCUCUGCUGUCUACAGACACAAUGGUGAGAGAAAGGUUGGGUUUUUGUGACAGCAGUGGCAGUUAUACCUUGACAUUAAUGGAUUUCUGCUAUCAGUUAGUCAACAGGCCAUGAACGGUUUGAUUAAAGAAUUCUUAC